CUUUCAUUCAUACUUUUAUUCCUUUGGCAUAAUAACCCCCACAUCCAUCCAUUUCUUUGUCAACAUGCCAUGGCAGGGUCUGGGCACCGACAAAGAUCGAGAAGAUGAACAGCUCAUGGUCCGAUGGGAAAACCGGGUCAGGGGAGCCAGGGCGGUCGCUGAUUGGCCCGUGGGCGGUGUUUAUUGCUCAGGCAGGAACGAACCUCACCCCAUCCUCUUCUCUCUCUUCUUUCUUCUCUUCCUUUUCUUCUCUCCUUCGAUCUACGUGUCUCUCCUAUUCCUCUACCGCACUCACUUCAUCAAUCCAUCCUCCAGCUGUCUAUUUUCGAUUGCUGGAAGUUUCUUUCAUCCCCAAUCUUCUUUCCCUAGAUUUCUAGACCGCGUUUAACCGUUCUUCCACCAUGCGAGGCGAAGUGUGCCAUAUCCAUAUCGGUCAGGCGGGCGCUCAGCUCGGUAACAGUGCCUGGGAGCUGUAUGUCCCUCACCGCUUUAAGUUUUUUUACUUCGUCAUCCAUCUAACCUCGGUUCCUACCAUCGUAUAGCUACCUUCUAGAACAUGGCCUCAA